CACAAACGCAAACAGAGAAGAAGAAAUCCUGACGGUUUAGUUCCUGGUAGAAUAAAGUCCCAAAACACCCUCUGUUGGUUUUUUCUCCUAUCUUUUAAGCUAGUCUUCGUGUAAUUUCGCGCAGUAUGUUUAAAGGUUUGGGGACGUGGUUGGGUUUGGAGAGCCCGACGUUCCCGAAGACGUCGGAUGACAAAGACCUGAUUGUGGAGCAGGAAGAAAAGGUGGUGGAGGCACAAAACGAGGUAAACAAACAGCAACCAGCUGCCGAAGAUGGAGAACCAGAGCCGAACCAGGAAGACUCUGAGCCGGGAAAAGGACUGGGUGACUACAUCUUCAGUUUUGCCUCCACUGCCACGAAGAAGAUCUCCGAGUCGGUGGUGGAGACAGCUCAGAGCAUCAAGAAGACCGUGGAGGAAGGGAAAAUUGACGGCAUCAUUGACAAGACUUUCCUCGGAGACUUCCAGAAGGAGCAAGAGAAGUUUGUUCUAGAGAAGAAGGCGAAAAAAUCAGAAGCAGCGGUGCCUCCCUGGGUCGGCUACAAUGAGGAGGAGACAAUCCAGCAACAGAUCCUCGCUCUGUCAGCAGACAAGAGAAAUUUCUUGCGGGACCCUCCGGCUGGUGUCCAGUUCCACUUCGACAUGGAGCAGAUGUAUCCUCUGGCUGCAGUGAUGCUGGAGGAAGACCAGCUCCUCAACCGCAUGCGCUUUGACCUGGUUCCAAAACAUGUGAAGGAGGAGGUUUUCUGGAGGAAUUAUUUCUACCGGGUGUCUCUGGUGAAGCAGUCGGCUCAGCUCACAGCGCUGGCAGCCCAGCAGCAGCAGCAGCAGGACAGUGAGGACAGGGUGGACACUGCAGAUGUCUUCUUAACAGACAAUGUCAGACCAAAGACUCCACCAGUUUCCAUCAGCGACAUACAGAAGCCACCUCAGGAGGAAGAGGAGGAGGAGAUGUCGACAAGUCCUGGAGUUUCUGAGUUUGUGAGCGACGCUUUUGACGAGACGGCCAUCAACCAGGAAGACCUGAGGAAAGAGAUGGAGCAGCUGGUGCUGGACAAGAAGGACAGCACCACCUCUGCUGACGAUGAGUCAGCAGACUGGGAGAAGGAGCUGCAGCAGGAGCUUCAGGAGUACGAGGUGGUGACGGAGUCAGACAACAAAGACGACCAAUGGGAUCAAGAGAUCGAGAAGAUGCUGCAAGCUGACGAAAGCUAAACAACUUCAGUGUGUGUCCUGUACAGUGAUCUGGCCAAGAAUGGAUGACAAGUGACCGGUGAUGCAGAGGUGGAUGAACUUCCACAUCACCUGCUCCACCCAACUGUGAUUACUUUCUUGUAAACAUUCUCUUGUACGUGAUGAUGGUGUAGGUCCAGUAGCAGGAGUGCGUCACCUCUGAUGAAAACAGCGGUUAUGUUCAGGUGUGUUAGUAAAGUGCGACUUCAUUGUUCCUUCCUAAAUUGGUUUAAUUGACCUGCUUUCCUUCACCCUCUCUGUUCCUGCUGGGGAAAGCUGCUCGGGGCACUCCAGUACAAGUACCAUGAAUUUUAUAAUGGGAGGAGACUGUUUGAAAUGACAUUUUAAAUGUAUGUUUCCACUGCUGCUUUCUGGUGGGUUGUACAGUAAAGUCUUAGUAUAGUAACAGAAAAGGUAAAUCAAAUGUAAAGUUACACUUAUGUAAAUAAAGAAGAUUCUAACACUAUGCCAUA